AUCCCCCAGGGGUAGUUUUUCAAUGGAAAAUGGCGGCAGAAACACGAAGAGCUUGAAUUGAUCUUUAUUUUGGUAUAUUACUCUUAAUACAAAUGGAUAUUGAUUCUUCAGAUACGACAGUCAUUAGCUCUCCGGUUCCAGAAAAUGCUCCCAACGAACCUGAGGAUACUCCACUUACAACCAAGCGAAAGGGACGUUUUAACAUCGCUUUGUAUUCGAAACGAAGAAAACUUAUCAUGGAAGAGCUUGUAGACGAAAAGCUAGCAGCAGAUGUCAAAGUGAAAAGCCUGCAGAAUAAAAUCAACUAUCGUAAGCGCAAGGCUGAUGAUCUAGAAACACUGGUGCCUGCACCGAAGCAACGACCAAGAAUGCCUAACACAGAGAGUAUGAUCUGCAAAGAAAAUAGUGAUCAUAUUAAUUUAUCUAAAGCUCAAAGUCAAAGAAGAAGAAAAGCAACACUUAGGGCUUUAAAGCCUAUACACUGCAAUCAAAGAUCAACUGACCAAACCCCAAUUAUGAAUGGGAUGUGGUCAACGCUGAUAAAUGAAAACCCAACACAGGUCAUAGAGUCCUUAAUGACAACUUCAAAGGUCUGCACUACCAAAGUCAUUCCUAGCAUUGUAAAGAAUAAUGUGACAAAGUAUGAAAAAAGUCAAGAGAACUUUGUACGAAGCACAGCCCUGCUUUACAAGGGGGGUUUACUAACAAAAACCAAGUACAAGGAAUUAAGGAAAGACAAAGCAGACUUUAUGCAAGGAGUGUCAGUACCGCGACCUGUAGCUUAUGAUAGGUUGAUGUCAUACAUAAAAGGAAUAAACAUGGGGGAUGUGUAUGAUCUCCAAGAUUUUGCUGAACAGAAAGGGAAAUGUCCAGUACAUGGAGUCUAUCGGUCUUUGGAGACCUUGCUUUUAAGGCUAGCUGACAUGUACUUAAUGCUAAAUGAGCACUCCAACAUCCUUCAUUGGUUUAAUGACCAAAAAGGAAAAUUCAUUGUGGCAAUUGGGGCUGAUGGAGCCCCUUUUGGCAAAGACGAGACAGCAACUUCAUAUUUAGUGAGUCUUUUAAAUGUUUUAGAAGGGGUACAAAGUUGUGACCACAACUACUUAUUAAUGGGAGGGAAUUGUGACGAAACUCAUGAACUGAUGUACGAGUAUACCAAACAUGUUAUCAAGGAAAUGGAGGAGAUAGAAGUGAAGGAAUAUGAGGUGCGUGGUAUCAAGAUAUCAUUUCAAUGCAGACUUAUUCCCAGCGACCAGAAAUGGAUGGCGAGUAUGUCUGGAGAAUUAAACAAUGCUGCGACCUACUUUUCAACGUUUGCCAAUGUCUCGAAGAGUAAUAUGAAGACCAUAAAUGGUAAAAUUGGCCAUGACUCAAGCAGCACUUGGAAAAAAUGGGCAUAUGAGAAAAGAUUGAAGGAUGCAGAAUCUGUCAAGUCAUUCAAAGAGAAGAACAAAAUUCCAGACGGUUCGAAAGCCAAUAACCAUCGAAAAAAAAUAACUGAGUACAUUGCAUCUAACAACUCAAGACAAGAGUUCUAUCCUCCACUAGGGAAAUUUGUUAAGUACCUUUACCCAGAGCCUCUUCACAACAGCAACAACGCAUGGCAGCAAUGGAAUUUAGAUGUUUUAAACACUGCCAUACAUCUAACCAAUAAAGCUGACAUCAACAAAGCUAAUGGGAACAUUACACUUUUGCCAAAGCAUUCAGCACUGGCAAAAUACAUGAGCUUGCUCAAAGACACCAUUAAGGCUGGAAGACUCUACAAGAAGGUGGAAAGAUGGUUCAGUGAAAAGAAAAAGACUGAAGACUUUUCCUACAGGUUUACUGGGAAGGAAUCUAAACUGUUCUGCUGGCAUUUCAAAAAGAUCUGCUGUGUAUUGAUUGAAACUCAAGCCAUUCCAAAGACCACCUUACUGCAUGUCUAUAGCCUGGCAUAUUCAGGUCUGUGUUUACGGAACUGUGUUUCCCUUUAUAGCAGGGUUCACAUCAGCGAGAGUGACAUUAAUGUUCUUAAGAAUGAGUGUGAGCAGUAUUACAACUGUCAAGCUCUAUUCUUGGCCAAUGUCAAACCAACCACAUGGACAAUUGGAAAAGCAAUUCCAUACUACACAGAUGAGAUAUAUAAUGAUUUGGGGUUUGGGCUCGGCUUGAAUAGUAUGCAAGGCAGGGAAGCUAAGCAUAUAAAGCUCUCGUCUUAUGCCAAAAACACUACCAAGGGUAAACACCUUCGGUGGUGGCAAGUUUUUAAGCAUGAGUUCAUGGAACUGAUAUGGCUUAAAGAAACUGAUUCCAAGCAAGUGGCCAAAAAAUUGCAUUGCACAAAUCAUUCUGAAAAUGAUGCUCAAGACAAACCUUCCAAGGAUAAGUACAUCCCUCCAUACUCUAUCAGCAACAAUGAAUUUUGUGCUUGUGGUCAGCCUAAGUCAGUUCCUGUGGCUUCCUGUUCUAUUUGUUCCUCGGAUGAAUUCAAACUAGUAGUGAAAUCAUGCAAGGAGGGUAAAAUUGACAAUAGAGUGCUUACACUAUGUCCAUGAAAUAAGAUCAUAUUAAGUAUUUUCUAACAGUUCUUAUUUAGAGACUAUUUAGUCAUCAGUCAACCAGAACAUUCAUUAUUACACAAAUACAUAUAUACACAAGAGACCACUUUAAUUAUUCUUUGUGUAAUGAAUGUUCUGUUUGACUGAUUGUGACUAAAUAGUUUCUAAAUAAGAACUGUUAGACAAUAACAACUUUGAUCUUGUUUCAUGGACAUAGUGUAAGAAUUCUACUGUAUUAUCAUGUCUCAUCAUGACUCACAAUGAACUUUUUUAUUCUAGCCAUUUUAUCAUAUUUAGAAAUCAUAUAUAAUCAUUCCAGUAAUGCUAAAUAUUUCUCUCAUUCUACUGAGGAUGACAUUAUGAAUAUGUUCAUAUUACUGGUUGUUCUUCCAUUGGUUGUUGUCCAGAAACAAUUAUAUGACAAUUAAAGAACAAUAAACAAGAACAUUUCUCCCA